AACUAGCUUAGACACACUCGAAAACGAGGUGAGGAUCCUGAAUAUCUUCGCUUCAGACGAAAAGCUAGUCUUUGUUUCACAGAAUACACAUCGCAACAUGGCUGCUCUGUGUGCUCGACUUACAAGACUGGGGCCAGUGAGAAUGGGAUCUGUGUUKCGUUUGGCGACUAAAAACCACACCCCACUGGUUAGUUCUGUCCUGAACCAAGUUCGCCACAAGAGUAUUACAGUGGAACAGAAGGAUAAUGGUGUUGCUGAGCUCACAAUGCACAGAGAACCAUCAAAUUCUUGGAACCUUGAGUUCCUAGAGGAGUUUUGCCUGGCUUUGGAGGAUYUGGAGAAUAACCGUCAUUGUCGUGGCGUAAUCAUCGGAUCUAGUCUUCCUCAAGUAUUUUCAUAUGGUCUGGAUAUCAAUGAAUACUACCAAGCCAAGAAAGAAAGACUCAGAGUGUUCCGUAGAAGGUACCAGGAAUUCUGGAUGCGUCUGUAUGGCUCCCGUCUUGCAACUAUYGCCACAAUAACUGGUAACAGCCCAGGAGGAGGUUGCCUCAUUGCAUUGGCUUCUGAUUACCGUAUCAUGGCUCCUGGUUUCAAGAUUGGUUAUAAUGAAAUCAAAGGGGGUUUGCUGGCACCAAGUUGGUUUAUAGACACAAUGGCAUCAGUAGUUGGGCCGCAUAUCACAGAAAGAUCAGUACAAGUUGGCCUCAUGUUCAAUGCYGAUGAUGCCCUAAGAGUAGGAAUGGUUGACCAAGUGGUCCCACUUGAAGAGGUUUCUGCUACUGCAUAUGAUACCAUGAACCUGUGGUUGUCUGUGCCAGAUAACGUCCGUGCCAAGGCCAAGAUGACUAUGAGACAAGGUCUGAUUCAGAAGCUCCAGUCUCACAGAGAGGAAGAAAUAAGAGACUUUGUAGUCAGAGUACAGAAAGACUACACCCAAGAUGCCAUUGAAAAGCUUUUGAAACAAAGGAGGGAGAGGGGACAUGACACGCCUUUUUUUGGGGGGGAGGAAUAGUGUGUUGUGAUAUCGAUCUGGGUAUUGGAUACUUUUGGGAGUUGUAGCACUUGUGUGUCUAUUCAAUAACCUAUUUCUUCCAACAAAUAACGUUCUGGAAAGUGGUCAACAAGUGGCAACUAAAACUAAAAUGAUUGUUUUAGAUUUUUAAAAAAAAUCUGUUCUAUUUAGAUUAAAUCAUAGAACUGAAUAGAGACUCUAUAAAAUAUUUCAGUAAUUUAAAGGGGAUAUUUUAAAAGAAUAUAUUCAUGUAAAGUAGUUUUGAACUAGUCCAUCAAUGUAACCUAUAUAAAAAGGUAAAAACCAUUAAGAAAUAWACUGCAAUUUUGAUUUUA